AUUUUAUAAAAUUUUAAUUUAAAAAAAACAAUAGGGUUUGAAAUAUCAUGGCCAUUCUCAAAAAAUGCUGUUAUUUUUAUUCACUGAGGACUGGGAGCUUACUUUCGGCGUACAUUACACUGAUAUAUUUCGUUCUAGAAGCUGCAACUAGAAUAUACUAUUUGAUAUGGUGGAAUAGAUCACCAGGACGCACAAGAAAUCAAUCCACCUCAAAUACGAGAAUUUUCAAUAUCGCUUGGGGACUUGAAUUAGGACUCUCUGUAAUUAUGAUAUUUGCAUCGCUCUUAUUGAUUAACGGAAUCUUAAAAAGAAUCAAAAAGUAUUUCUGGCCCUGGAUGCUAUCCCUUCCUAUUCUUAUCAUGAUAAUUCUUUUCUCCUCCAUUUCAAACCUAGCACUAGGCAAUUCUAUAGUUCAAAUGCUUGGCACCGGGAUAGCAAAUUUGAUCAUGUGCUUUAUUUUGAUUUAUUGCCUUUUAUGCGUCAUGUCAUAUUACAGAGACAUCGAUCAAGCUGAUAUUCCUUAAAUUCAAUUUACCUAAACAUGCUAUAUUAAACGUGAAAAAGAUAUUUAAUACUUUUCCAAAAUAAGUAUUUUCUAUACCCUAGUUUUUCCAUUCAGUCAAAACAAGAAAAUCUCCGAAAAACAUGAAAAUAUUUUUUAAGGAUUACUGUUAUACAUUUUAUUCUUGAUUUUAAAAUAUACUUCCAGAAUAUUUGAUACUUUUAUAAUCCUAUAUCUCUAAGUCCUAAUAAUUUUUGUUGAAAAUAUCAAUUGCACAUUAUUAAUAUAAAUUUUUUAGUGAUUAAUUUACAUUUUAAAUAAUAUUGGGCGGAAGAAAAAUAUUCUAUAAAAAAAAUUAAAUAUUCAAAUUACUCAGUCCUAAAAAAAUUUCCUUCAUCAAUAAGCUUUAUCUCGUACUUGGUAAAAAGUAAAAAGGUUUAAAAUAAUUUUAUACAAAGAAAAAUAUUUUAAUUUUAGUAUGCAAAAUAUAUAGUUGCUCACUUUAAUUAUUCAAGA